GUUUCCGACACUUUCUCGCGGUGCACCGUACAUGGCUGCUCGGCGGUCGGCGUUCAUCUCCUCUGUGCUCCGCCGGGUGUUGGUGUGUUUUUGUGGCCGUUGAACGCAGCUCGCCAUGUCGGACACGUGGAGCAACAUCCAGGCGCACAAGAAGCAGCUGGACUCUCUGCGGGAGAGGCUGCAGCGGCGGCGGAAGGACCCCGCGCAACUGUCCGCCGAUGGUGGAAGCAGCACAGAGGCUCCUGCGGCCAGGAGCGACAGCCCGGCUCCGUCGGUUCCGCCCACCUCUCAGGAGGAGGCGGAGAAACCGCUGGACCCUGAGCUGGAGAAGAGGCUGCUGGGAUAUCUGUCUGACCUGAGUCUGUCACUCCCCACAGACUCUCUCGCCAUCACAAAUGACCUCAACAGUUCUGAACCUGCUGUCACUCACGGAUGCAUCCAGAGUCUGCUGCUCAAGUUCUCAGCUCAGGAGCUCAUCGAGGUCCGUCAGUCCACCUCGGCCUGUUCCUCGUCAGCCUCCUUCCCCACGGUCAUCGUCGCCGUGGAUCACACAAAACUAUGGCCCAUGAUCGGCUCCGGGGUCGGAGCCCGACCGACUGGAGUCAAGAGAAAAGCAGAAGAGCAAACCCACAGCAAGAGAACUGCAGGCUUCUUGCCCUCGCUGCAGCGGUCUGCUUCCCCGCCACGCAUGUCCUCCAUCUCCCUGACCCCGGCCUCCUCCUCACAGAUGGCAGGGCCUUCGGCGUCGGGGAGCGGCGCCGACAAGAAGGGCAGGAGCAACAAAGGCCAGUCCUCUCAUAUGGACAUGGAGAUUGAGAGCCUCCUGAACCAACAGUCCACAAAAGAGCAGCAGAGCAAGAAGAUGAGCAGAGAGAUUCUGGAGCUGCUCAACACCAGCACGGCCAAGGAGCAGUCCAUCGUGGAGAAGUUUCGGUCUCGCGGCCGAGCUCAGGUCCAGGAGUUCUGCGACCACGGGACCAAAGAGGAUUGCCUGCGCUCCAGGGACACGCCCAAGCCAUGCACCAAGUUACACUUCCGUCGCAUCAUCAACAAGCACACGGACGAGAGCCUCGGCGACUGCUCCUUCCUCAACACAUGUUUCCACAUGGACACGUGCAAGUACGUCCACUACGAGAUCGACAGCCCCCCGGAGGCGGAGGGGAGCCUGCUGGGGCCCCAGGCGGGCACCACGGAGCUCGGCCUCCACGCCGAGGACGCGGACAGCAACGUGGACAAGCUGUUCCCCUCGCAGUGGAUCUGCUGUGAUAUCCGCAUCUUGGACGUUUCCGUCCUGGGUAAGUUUGCCGUGGUGAUGGCCGACCCCCCCUGGGACAUCCACAUGGAGCUGCCCUACGGCACGCUGACCGACGACGAGAUGAGGAGACUCAACAUCCCCAUCCUGCAGGACGACGGCUUCCUCUUCCUCUGGGUCACCGGCAGGGCGAUGGAGUUGGGCAGAGAGUGCCUCAGUCUUUGGGGUUACGAUCGCGUGGAUGAAAUCAUAUGGGUGAAAACCAACCAGCUCCAGAGGAUCAUCCGCACCGGGAGGACGGGUCAUUGGCUGAAUCACGGGAAGGAACACUGUCUGGUGGGCGUGAAGGGAAACCCGCAGGGAUUCAACAGAGGUCUGGACUGCGACGUCAUCGUGGCCGAGGUCCGCUCCACCAGUCACAAGCCGGACGAAAUCUACGGCAUGAUCGAGAGACUGUCGCCCGGCACCAGGAAGAUCGAGCUGUUCGGUCGACCCCACAACGUCCAGCCCAACUGGGUAACUCUUGGAAACCAGCUUGACGGCAUCCAUCUGUUGGAUCCCGAGGUCGUGGCUCGGUUCAAGGAGCGUUAUCCAGACGGCGACAUCUCCAAACCCAAAAACCUGCAGUGAUGACAUCGUGUUCACAGGUCCGGAGAAGUUUGUUGGGCGGCUCCGACACAGACUCUGUCAACUCGUCCAUGGGACGGAAGCAGCCGCGACAGCCCCUGGCACGCCGGGAUCGGAGACCCCUUACCGCAAGAUCUUCCGCGAGGAGCUGCUGCUGCUCAACCAAGUUCCGGGGCUUCCCGCGUGCACACCCACCUCCACCAGCCACAGUCUCAGGGACUCCACGCCACCUCCUCUCCCUACCGUCACCGUUUAUGAUUAUCUCAAAACAUAUACAUCCAUAAUAUGUACACUCUGUUUUUGCAUUGUCAAGUUCUAGAUUUAGAUUGGUGGGGGUCCCCCUAUGAACUGAGGAUGCUUUGUUGAAUAUGCAUACUUAUCCCACACCAGUCGUUUCCCCUGUGAUCUAGCUCUUCCUCAUGACUUGACAAACUGCAUCCUAUAGCCACACAACGUACCAUUUCCAUGUUUUGUCUUGAAACACCUUAUGUCUAAAAACUCUGACAGAUUUUGGUCAAA